AUGUAUGUUUGGUGUGUUGCAGAUAGAAACUCUGGAACGUUAAGUGGUCUUAACAGUUCAGAGAAUGCAGUUCCAGCAGAUGCCAAAAAUCUACGCGUAAAGUUAGUUCUAUUAGGAGAUUCUGGUGUAGGUAAAAGCUGUAUUGUACUUCGAUUUGUCCGUGGUCAGUUUGAUGCAACAUCUAAGGUAACUGUUGGGGCCUCAUUCUUGUCCCAAACAAUAGCCUUGCAAGACUCUACCACUGUGAAGUUUGAAAUAUGGGAUACAGCAGGGCAGGAGAGGUAUUCUGCUCUUGCACCACUAUACUACCGCGGAGCUGGAGUUGCUGUUAUUGUGUAUGAUAUAACAAGCCCUGAAUCCUUCAAGAAAGCACAGUAUUGGGUUAAGGAACUACAAAAGCAUGGAAGCCCAGAUAUUGUUAUGGCUUUGGUCGGUAACAAAGCUGAUUUACAUGAGAAAAGAGAAGUACAAACUGAGGAUGGAAUGGAGCUUGCGGAGAAGAAUGGCAUGUUCUUUAUUGAGACAUCAGCCAAGACAGCAGAUAACAUAAACCAACUGUUUGAGGAAAUCGGCAAAAGACUACCUCGUCCUGCUCCUUCUUCAUGA